AUGCCAUUAUUUGCUCGCAAGCGCGCGAGCUCGCAGCCGCCGCUGCCCCGUGGGCCUCCUCCAAGUUCGUCUUCGGCCGCCAUAGCAGCGAGCGCCGCCUUUCUUAACAAGUCGCCGUCGGCCGCCUCGCUGUCCUCGUCCGCUGCCGCCGCCGCCCUCCGCUCCCAGACGUCGUCGCCCGAACCAGUGGGUUCUAUCCAGACCAAGCGCAUGAUGCGCAGAGGUUCUCAAUCCUCGGUCGGAAGUGGCGCUAUCAUGGGCGGAAACCCGAGGAACAGCAUGGUCAGAUCGACUAGUAACUCGUCCAUGACCGACCGAACCUUCCGAUCGCCCUCGCCUGGUGGCAGACCAAGAGCCGUGUCGCCUGCCCCCGAUGCUCCCCCAGUUCCCGCCAUUCCUAAGAAUGUCAUCAAGACACAGAGGAGGGCUGCGAGUCUGGACGUGCCGAAUCGCAACAGUCUAGCCAGUCCAAGUACUCCCAAAACCCCAAGGAGCGCACAACGCAACACCAGUGUCGACAGGGCAGGCAGGACGCUCAACUUACCCACAAUGCCUGAGUUGAAAAGGGAAGACAGCUCCGGUGUCAACUUCUCGCGGCCCAUGAGUCCUGCUCGUGCCAUUUCUCCUCCUCCCCGCCCAAACUCGAGUGUUGGUUGGUUCACCUCGCCCAAAGUCAGUAAUGGAACCCCUCGCGCAAAUCCCUCACCAGCCAGACCUCAGUCCGCUCUCGAUUUCUCCCNNUCGCCAGCAGCUAGAAAGAUACAGCAAGACGUGCAGAACGCUGCCAGUGCGCCCGUCAAGCAAAAUAAANAGACUGUUACUGAGGGAGCGCGUCUCGCCAACGGUGGCAUGAAUACUGCUCCCACUGGCUCUGCUGUGCGCAACGCACCACAACAACCCGUUCAGACAAAACCGGCAGCAACUCAGCCUAUCCAGGCAGAUACAACACCCAAAAAGAAGAAAAAGACGACUGUCGUGUCGCCUGUCGAUACUCAAGCUUCAGGAGGCUCGUCGCUCGCUCCUGUCAAUCCUUCGCCGAGCACAGAUGCUUCAAACAGCCCCAGCUCUCCUCGACCCACAAGUACAUUGCACAAACAGCCAUCUAUGGUGCGUGAAGAUCCGGAAGCUGAAGCCACCGCCGAGGUGCAAUCCAAGCCCAAACCCAAGUCAACUCCCGUGAAACACAGUCUUCUGAGAUCGCUUCGGGACACUGAUCCAGGGACUGCCUCCGGUAUUGUCACGACAUCGGAGGGACCAGUCCAGGCUUACGUUGCUCCGGGAGGCACGCGUCCAAGAGCUGCUAGCCUGGAUGUUCCUAGAGGCAAUGGUCAACGUGCUGGUUCUGCAAGUCCUUCGCGAAAUGUGCAUGCUCAUUUCGUCGAAGGCAAGUCACUAGCAACCCCCUUUAAUGUUAGACACCAGCCUCCACCUCGAUCUGUCUCUCCCAUGAAGUCAGCGCUUAGACAGUCUCCUGCUUCAUCAGUCAGAAACAUUUCUCCUAAUGUUGCUGUCAAUGGCGGACCAAGAGCACCUCCUAGCGAAACAUCCGACACUACGUCUUUGGCUUCCCAGGACGGGAUUAAGCCAGUUAAAGCAAAGAAGAGCGUCCGCAUCAGCGAAGAUGGUAGUGCCCCUGUCUCACCCGCUGUCGACCCUAACGCACGAAGAGAACUUUCAGGAUCAUGGGCGAACGACGACAUUAACGAAAUCAUGAAGCCACGAUCAGCACUUCCGUCCUUCAGCAGCGUCAGAGGUCGUAAGCUUGACCAAGCAGAGAAGCCUGAAAAGGUUACCGAGACUGUGUCUUCUAGCAUGACAAACAGUGCGAGCACUUUGCCCGAACACCGCGAGGUGUCAAAUGACCAAUUGGUGGGUGCCGUUCUUGCACAGCAUUACGCCAAAAAGGAUCGUCAAUUUGCUCCUCAGCCGACUACCGCCGACGAGCCACUACCUCCCCAGGUCACUAGCAAGGAGACAUCAGCUGACAUUUCGGACUCGAACUAUUCUGAGGAUGAGGCAGAAACUCACGCUAAGCCGUCCUCGCAAGCUGAAGAAGUCCCUGCCAAGGACGAAUUUGUACCUUCUGCUUACGAGCCUGAGGUCUCGAAGCAUAAUACAGAGGCUCCUGAAGCAAAUCCGAUCGAGCAGGUUGUGCCUGCACUCGCAUUCCAGCCUCCCACACCCGGCCCCGAAGAGGAGUCUGAAUAUCCACUCGAAGCAGCCACUGGGCAAACUACACAGAGACCUACGCUUAAGCAACGCAACAGUAUGCCUGGGUCAUGGGACGGUGACCAAUGGGAAGAGCAGAAGCCUGCUGGGCUUUCCAGACAAGCAAUCCGUGAUGAAGCUCUGUUGUCCGAAAAUGACUCAAGCGAUGAUGAAACCACAGCCUUGCAACCUGCACAGACUUCGAUUGACGAACACUCGCCCGUGCUGCAACCUAUUUAUGAAUCUGAUUCCGACGUGAGCGAAGACUUUGCUGACGCUGAAGAAGAUUUCGAGCAUGGUGGCUUCGCCUCUCUUGAUGCUAUUGUGGAAAGUCCUGUGGUUAAACCUGCAGCUGUCAUUCCUAGCNCUCCAGUCAGCCCACAGGCUGUCCUUCCCCCUUCACGCGGGACCAUAUCAAGCUCAUCGGCUCUUACUGACGAGCAGCUUGUGACCGACAACACCGACUGGAAUUCGGCAACCGCCUACUGGAGCAGUCUGAGCAGANAAGAAAAAGAAGAACUCGAAGCCGAGGCUGAGGCCGCAAUUGCAGUUCCUGUGGUGGAGUCGGCGCCCAAGUCUAAGAAAAAGAAGCAGCCGGUCGACCGAGUGGACAUUACGAAUCCCACCACAUUCGCACCAGCUGCUAUUGCAUCCGGAGAUGAUCCUUUCGAGACCAGAGAUCAGCAAGAGUCACGUGCACCUACAUUGCGUAAGUCGAUGCGCGAUUCUGGAGAGUCAGAGCGUACAUCGGGCGAGAUUCAAAUGCGAAAGUCUAUGCGUGGUCCUCCCGCACCUGCUACUUCUUCGAACGAGACACACAUGCGUACGUCUAUGCGUGCUGGUGGAUCAGCCCGCUCUGAUGGUGGUUCUAUGAGGACUUCGAUGCGCGGAGAUGCUGGUGCUAAGCCUGUAUCCAAAAGAUCCUCGGCUCCUGUGACGACUAGUAUUCCUGGAGUAGGUUCGGCCGCUGCUGCAGCAGCUAAAACACAGCCAGUGCAAAAGCCUACCAAGCCAGUCGUUGCUCCUCUUCCAGCUAAUGAUUCUGAUUCCGAGUCCAGCUUCAGGAAGAACAAGCGCCGAGGUUCUGUCUCGACCGUUGAUUCUAUGGGCAAGUACACUAUGAAACGUUCAAUGCGCUCUGGUUCAGUCGAUGCAGGCCCUCCAGCAGCUGAACGUGGGCGCCCUGUUGCAUCACCAGCGAAGAAUGGCAGUGGCAGAUUCAGUCUGCGCUCGCUUUCCNCAACAGGCUCCUUCAUGGGUCGCAACCAAGGCGAGAAGAUUCGACAAUCCUUGCGUGGGGCACCUGUCGACGACGCACCCACAAUGCGCGGUAAGAACAGCAGAGCUUCGCGUGAUGCGAAAGCUCAAUCAGGCUUCGGCAUGUCUGGCUUUGGCAAGUCGAAGGCUGCACCUGUGCCAGCACCGAAGGCAAGAUCUGGAGGCUUCAGAUCACGAUUUGUUGACAGCGACGACGAGGAUGACGCUCCACGAGGAACAUACCGCAGCCGCUUCGCUGACUCCGAUGAGGAGGACUCGCCUAUCGGUCCACCCAAGCAUAUGCCUGCCAACCUGGCUCCAGUUCGCGGUAUUCCCAAACGUAGAGGCGAAGACUCUGAUUCGACUGACCUCUCGGACUCUGAAGAUGAAGGUCGUAACGGCAAGAAGAAGACUGCUGGCAGAGCUAGCAACAAACCUGCCGUGCCCAGUCAAUCAGACAUUGAUGCAGCCAUGGAAGCAGCCAGGCGAAACGUCGCCGCCAUGAACGGUGGUCGUGAACCUGGUGUACCACAGGCGCCUCCAGUGCCAGCAAGUAACACUGCAGCGUCCGGGGCCGAAGUACCCAUGACACCUACUAGACGUAAGGGUUUCCUCGGCAGUGUGCUUCGCAGAAACAGUUCUUCCGUCGUACCCAGCUCGCCGGUCGAUUCACAACACCCACGCAGCCCUACCACUUUGCGCAGCCCUAAACAGCCUAAGCUACAAAGACGCACAACACCACAGAAUUGGCCUUUACCUGCUGCAGAUACGAAUGGCGAUGUCAGCAACGACGCCAGACCAACAACCAGCGAUGGCGUGCCGGCUAUGAAGAGGACCAUGCGACCAGAAAACAGACGUAGCAUGAGCGGCAACGACCUCAAAAACAUGGCCAACGGAGGCACCAUGCAGAGCGACCGCUCCGGCAAGAAGAAGAAAUUCUCAGGCUUGAGAAAACUCUUUGGCUUGAACGACUGA